AUGCACCACCAAGCAAAGAAUAUCACCCGAUCAGUUCAUGUCACAGGCACUCGCGGAGGCGGAAGCUAUUCACACUUCCUGGUCUACACCAAGUCAUCUCUUGCAGAGCAGACUACACCUGCUUUCCUGACCCUUGCAGAGGCGAGCCUUCGGUUUGUGGUGCCCAGCCUGAGCUUUAUGGACUACGAUCUGGAUCAGGACGCAGGGUCGUGGCUCUACAGUGUUGACACAAGCCACAUCCUGAUUCACACUGCCUCGGAGACGAUUGAGCAUCGCACCAGUGUGUUCUUCGAGUUCUUUGAUGCGAUUGCGAGUGUGACAGGCGUCAGCUUCACCGACCUUGAUUUGGAUGAAGAUCAACUGGGUGGGACAUUGUCUUGGACAAAUCCAGUGGUGCCAGAUCGCGUGCAGGAGAGUGAGCAGGGCUCCGAGCUCUUCCAAUUGGGCCCUGACCUCUCAACAGGCGAUUUGGAUGCCCUAGAAAUUGGUGGCUUGCUUUCUUGGACGCUGCCAGCAGAAGUGACCUAUGUGACGGAGUACCGGAUCUAUUUGGUGUCACGAAUUCCGGAGGUUGUCUCCACUUCCUUGAUGUUCUACCUGAGCAAUGCCACAGCACAGCAGAUCCAAGUGGCCUUAGAGGCAACUAUUCAACGAGUCCUGCUAGUGCCUACCAGCGCAAUCCUGGUGCAGGUUUCGCAGGUUGCACGGCGUUUGGCCGCUGCACGACGGCUGUCGCAACUCUGGCACGCCACCAUCGAUGUGGAGGUCGAUUCGUUGAAGGCUUCAUCAGCUGUUGAUGUCUUGAAUGCGACAAGUGGCAACUUUACAAGCUUCGAGGAUAUUUUGACGGAAGAGCUAGACUCGCAAGGGGUGGCUCCUGCAGAGGGUGGCUUGAACAUUAUAUCCUUCGCAUCGCCUAGUGUAAGCCUCGCACAGAUUACCACCAUCACGAGCUCGACGAUGACUAGCACUUCCUCUACUGUCACCACUGGAACCAGCACUUCAUCUACAGCGACAAAUACCAGCACGACCACCUCCAGCAUGACGAGCACAACAACGAGCUCGACUACAACGACAACCACAACCACAACAAUUGAAUACUGGCUUCGGUGGCUUUUUGCGAAUGUCACAAAUGAUGUAGACAAUGUUUCCAUCCCGGCUGACUUCGCACUGGAUAACUUCACGCACAUCUUGAUCUACACUACAUCAGAGUUGGAGGAACAAACAACACCCACCGUCAUCUCAAUCCAAGACCUGAAUGCCUCCAUUUCGGACCUCAACUUCAUUGACUUGGACUUGGAUGCUGGACAGUUUGGUGGGAACUUGAGCUGGUCAGAGCCAGCUGAAAUCGACCUGGUGCAUCACUACAACGUCUACCUUGCGACAUCUCCUGAAGGUGAUGGCCGGACAUCGGCCAACAUUGUCAAUCAAACCGAAGGGCUUCAAGACUUCAGGCGUCGACAAGAAGGUCAUUUGAUCAUUGCAGAUGAUCGACCUUUGUUGGUCAUGUCCUUCGGGCUCAAGUACCAGGGCCCCAACCCGUCGAAGUACAAAAUAGAAGGCAAGUACGAUAUCCCUGUGGGCUUCAAGGUCAUCAUCAAGUGGGAGGAAGAUGAGAUUGUUUUCAUGACCCGCCAGGGAACCUUUGGUCCAGAGUUUCAAAUCGUCUACCUGCCACAGAGUCCCACUCCGGAAGACUUCACAAUUUUUGAGUGGAACGCCAACAUUGCAGAGAUUUGGGAUCAGUUCCUCACUGUGAUUGAGGGCAAGGAGGACAGAGAUAUGAGACUCUUCAAUCAAGGACCGUGGAGGACAUUCGGAGUCACUAGAGAUGAGGUCCAGAUGGCUCUCAAACAGGGAACUGAUCAGAAGACCAUUGUGGAUGGUAUUUUGUACUGUGCAGAUGGCAUCGAGCCAGAUUUGCAGGAGCACAUGCGGUACCUGGGAGUGGAUCCUGCUACAGAUGAGAAUAUCCUUUGGAUCUUCACGGCUUUCAAGGAAGAGCCCUUGCCGGCAUACUUCUCUCAGUAUGUCAAGGACGGGAUGGUCUACUGGGUGGAUGAACGCACCAGUGAAGCAACGUGGAAGCACCCGCAUUACGACAAGUUCCGAAAGAUGCUCCAGGUCGCUCGAAAUCAGAAGCCUGUGCCUCACUGGAAGUCCAUCAUGGAGUUCAGAAUAGAGUUCCUUUUGUCGAACAUUUUCACCUGGGAAGCGGAGGCUUCUGGAGAGUUCCCUUUGGUGGAGACCGUUGACAAUGUCAUAGAAAUGGCACGCAUUUUUGGCGUGGAUAUCAAGAAUGAGCCGUAUCUUGUUCAUGUACUCAAGCGUGCCUUGAGACACUAUGGAAACUGCGUGAAAGAAAAGAGGAAAGUCAAAGAUGUGGAAGAUUUCCGCAACUUGAUGCAUCGGUACCGUGAUUUGGUGAGCCAGUAUGAGCAGGCAAUGAGCAUAGAGGAGAAGCGAGUUGCCAAGAUGAAGAUAUGUGUCCAAUGUGAUGAGCGCGACGCGGUGCUUUUCUGCGAUCAGUGCAAGGACUUCUUCUGCCAAGGCUGCUUCGACCGGCUUCACAGUAGAGGGCGAAGGCAAAACCAUCGUCGAACAUGGGUGGAAAUGGGCAUGUGCGCAGAAUGUGUAGAAAGCAUAGCUCUCUUUCAUUGCGUGCAAUGUGCUGACCUCUAUUGUAGAGACUGCUUUCAGGAGUGGCAUGUUCGCGGGGGCCGAAGGAACCACAUUCCCAUCAUCUUGAGAUCCUUCAAUUCCCAGACACAUCAGCUGCCCGAAGCAACUCCGGCCAUGGGAACCGGAGCUGCCCAGAUUCUGGCCAAGGCUAGAAGUCCAUGGGUGGAAUUCACGGAUGAGAACAAUGUCAAGUUGUACUACAACAUCCUCACCACCGAGUCGAGGAGAGACAAGCCUCUGGCGGUCAUGAAUGAGCCAAUUGAAGACAACAAAGGUGGAGGGAUGAGUGCUGGUUGGUCAGGGACAUGGGGUGCCAACAUGUUCCCGGAUCCGCUUGAUAGCCGGACUCAGCCAAGUGCACCAGAAAUGGAGACUGCUUUUUAA